CAUUGCAGAAAUCCUAUAUUUCACAUAAGGUGACAGGCCAAGUUAUUAUAAAGCCUUCUGUGUAUUUUCUUACCAAUCGAGACCAAAAACAAGUGGUAAAAUGAAGCUUCUAACAGUUUUCGGAUUCGUGUGUGUUUUGAUCUUUGUGCAAGAUAACCUUGUUUUGACAAACGGAUAUGUAACUGAUUCGGACCAUUUAUCGCCCAACGCAGCGCUGUUGGCAAAGGCACUGUGCACCAAAGAUGGAGAAAUUGAUGUCAAAUGUUACAGAGAUAAACUGCUUUUGUCAAAUGGAUACGCAGCUGAUUCAGACGAUUUAUCACCGAACACACUGCUGGCAAAGGCAUUAUGCACCAAAGACGGUGAAACCGAUGACAAAUGUUAUAGAGAUAUAAGCUUACCUAAGGAAUGGGGUAGUGUUAUUAAGAGAGCCAUUCAAAAGAAAGGACUCCUCGAGCGGAUUCUCCAGGCAAAGCUCAACGACCAAAGAUCGAAACGAUUCUUCAGCGAUUGGUAAAAGUCACGCAUGAUUUGACAGCAAC